AUGGGCAGCAUCGCUCCCAUCGAGGGCAAGCCCACAUUCAAGACACCAUGGGUUGAGACCCCCCUGGCGGAAUCGGCCUCGCUCUCGCGUAUGGCCGGCUGCCGGGUCUUCCUGAAGCUGGAGAACGUCCAGCCCAGCGGGUCGUUCAAGUCCCGAGCAAUGGGCAACCAGAUCCUCUCCCACCUCGUCAAGCCGGAGAACGCCAACCGACCAGUGCACUUCUACGCCUCGUCGGGUGGCAACGCGGGCCUGGCAGCCGUCUGCGCCGCUCGAAGCCUUGGAUACCCCUGCACGGUCGUCGUGCCAAUGUCAACAAAGCCGCUGAUGGUGCAGAAGCUGCGCACAGCCGGCGCGGCGGAGGUCAUCCAGCACGGAGUGACGUUCCUCGAGGCCGGCGAGUACAUGCGAGAAGUCAUCAUGAAGCAGACCGGCGACGGCGAGGCCGCCAACGUGGCCAAGAUCGCUCUCCACCCCUUCGACAACGAGCCCAUCUGGGAAGGAAACAGCACCAUCAUCGACGAACUGGUGCACCAGCUGCCCCCACCGGCGGGAGCCGACGAAGAAACCCUCUACAACGCGCGUCCCCUCGCCGCAGACGCCCUCAUCUGCAGCGUCGGCGGCGGCGGCCUCCUCAACGGCCUCAUCGCAGGCAUCGAACGCCACCGUAACCUGCAAAACAAAACCCCCUCCCCGCAUCCCACCCACCUCCUCGCCGUCGAAACCAUCGGCACCGACUCCCUAGCCGCCGCCGUCGCCCAAAAGUCCCUCGUCUCCCUCCCCAAAAUCAGCUCCCAGGCUACCUCUCUCGGCGCUAUCCGCGUCUCAGAGCGCACCUUCCAAUACGCAACGGCCCCACCCGCCGGCAUCGCCGUCCACAGCACCGUCCUAUCAGACGCGGACGCCGCCCGCGGCGUCCUCCGUCUCGCCGACGACGAGCGUCUCCUCGUCGAGCUGGCCUGCGGCGUCUGCGUGGAAGCAGCCGUCGGAGACGCCGGCCGCGCCCAACAAUCACCCAGCCGGAAGCGUAAGAGGAUCACCACCGCGGAGCCGCAGCAGCAGCCGCAUCCCUCCGUGCGCGACGAAGGCUACGGCGACGACCGGUCCUCGGUGGCGGAGAACGAAACCGAUCCUGAAGACGGCAGCGAUGAUCAGUCUUCUUCCCCUUCUCAUCCUCUGCAGUCGCGGCUGAAGCAGCUGGUCCCUGACUUGAACGCCGAUAGCCGGGUAGUGAUUAUCGUCUGUGGAGGAAGCAAUGUCACCAUUGAUAUGGCGGCUGAGUAUCGUCGGUUGUUGCAGGAGGGGUGGGGGGCUUGA